AUGCCGCCGAAACGCCGCAAGGAGGAAAUCGAACAGCCAAAUGCCUACGGUGGAUCCGGACGUUAUCCAGCUCUUCGCUUCGAGAGCCGUGCGUCAGCAACUUCUCCAAUCCCUCCAUGGUACUAUACUGAUCUUCUUGUGGCAGACAACAGGCGCGACAAUGACCAAGUCUUCCACCGAAACGCCAUCCGGCUCUUCGCUAGAGACUUCGAUUUUUACGAUGAUGCAAUAUUGGCCUGCUUGAGGCGGGAUAUCAGUGUCGCGGGCCUAUACACCGAUGUAGUUAUCGAACGCAAAUUAAUAAAGCUCAGAUGGGAGCUCCAACAGGAGAUGCUUGGAUCAGAAGACCUUCAGUCUCGAGUCUUCGAUCACGCCAGGAAAUAUGAUGAGACCCAUGCCGACGAUGCAAAGCUAAAGGACAAGCCGAAGGAGGAACGCGACGCAGUCUGGGCCAUAGCUUUCAAUGACGUCGUCUUCUGGAUUAUGGUCGACCCCCUUCGACAAGGUAUCAAGGUGGACAGAUUCCGUGCUAUCGAGGAGUGGAAGAAGAUAUACCGCGCGAUGUUCAUUACCGCCGCCGACACCAUGUACAUGGGUCGUUUGGGCGGACCAAAGCUAACACACCAGGUGGAUAUGCAGAAAGUGUACAGCGCUGUCCGGAGCGUGAUCGUCAACAAAUUUCCAGAUCGCCCGAAGUUUGAUACGAUUCCGUCGCAGCCAGCAGGAUGGUGGGAUCAAACGCAUCGAAAGACAAGAGUCAAGCUGCAGAAAGCCAGUGGAGGCUCUGAAUGGGCCAAUGCAACCUUCCUAGCCACGCCGAAGGAGGCCAGGUCGAAGAAGGCCAGGUCGAAGAAGGAGAGGGAUUCGGCUGCAGCGCGCUCAGAUCAGCCCCUAUCAGAGGAACAGUGA